GGGGCCCAUGGGGAUUGUGGCCACCCACUGGAAGGUGGUUUUUUUUAGUAAGAGGGGAGCGUGUGGUCCAGCAGGGUCUCCAGGAGUCGUCUCCCUGACUCUCAGGUCCAGAGAGGCUGUGGGGUAGGUGCAGGCCAGGCUCUGGGGGAGAAGGGGAUGCUUCCUGAAGGGGUGGUGUUUGGGGGGGCCCUGGGCCCCCUGCCCUGGCUGCCUCACCAUGUCAUUGGGACAGGGGCAGGCACCCCAUUCGUGACCUGAGUGGAGAAUGUCCUCAGACCACAUCCUCCCCACGGCCAUAGGUGUGGACCUUGGGGUCCCCAUUACUGUGGCUGUGGGGGAAUCGGCUGGGUGCUGGGACAAGACUAGUAGGGGUGACUGGCCGUGGAGGUUGGCAGGGUGGGCGAGGGUGCACGGGGCCCAUGGGAUGCCACUCUGGGUGGCCACAGGGGUCUGUUCUGGGGUGGUCUGGAAUGUGUGGAUGGUGGCCUCACUGCCCUCUCUCCCUACCCCGGCGGUCCCAGCUGGGAGGCUGUGGCAUCCUGGGUGUUGGCAUCUGGCUGGCUGCCACCCAGGGGAACUUCGCCACCCUGUCGUCCUCCUUCCCGUCCCUGUCGGCCGCCAACCUGCUUAUCGUUACCGGCACCUUCGUCAUGGCCAUUGGCUUCGUGGGCUGCAUCGGGGCCAUCAAGGAGAACAAGUGCCUCUUGCUCACCAUCGACAGGUAUGCCCAGCGGGACCUAAAGAAGGGCCUGCACCUGUAUGGCACCCCGGGCAACGUGGGCCUCACCAACGCCUGGAGCAUCAUCCAGACCGACUUUCGCUGCUGUGGGGUCUCCAACUACACCGACUGGUUCGAAGUCUAUAACGCCACGCGCGUGCCGGACUCCUGCUGCCUGGAGUUCAGUGAGGGCUGUGGCCUUCACGCACCUGGCACCUGGUGGAAGGCGCCAUGUUACGAGACCGUGAAGAUGUGGCUCCAGGAGAACCUUCUGGCUGUGGGCAUCUUUGGGCUGUGCACGGCACUGAUACAGAUCCUGGGUCUGACCUUCGCCAUGACCAUGUACUGUCAGGUGGUGAAGGCGGAUACCUACUGUGCGUAGGCUGCCCACUGCCUGCCACCUCUGCCUCACAGCCCAUGGGGGAGGUGACCACGUCCCCACCUGCCUCUCCUGCUCAGGAUUCAGCACCAACCCUGGACGCCCCCCCAGGACCCUCAGCCAGCCCUGCGAACACCGUGCUGGAGGAGGUCGCCAAGUGCUGGCCACGCAGGCAGGGCUGGGGGCGGGAGGAGCUUUUCAUACCCAUGUACUCUCCAGAGCAGCGCUCCCCUGGCUGGGGUCAUUCGCGGGUGGGGGUGGGGGUGAAGGGCCGACCGCUGGUCCUGGUGCUCAAGGCGAGGCUGUUGCCCCACCAUCCACAUUCCACAGCGGAGCCAGUGCGGGCUCUGGGUGCAUCUUAAUAAAGCGCGUGGGCGACAGCCCCCA